AUGCCCCGCCCCCGCCCCCCGGCUUCCGGUGCUGCGCAGUUUCCGGAGCGGAUCGCAACCCGGAGUCCGGAUCCGAUCCCGCUCUGCACAUUCCAAAGGCAGGUGUCAGAGAUGGCCGAAGACGGCAGCGAGGAGAUCAUGUUCAUCUGGUGUGAAGACUGCAGCCAGUACCACGACUCCGAGUGUCCUGAGCUGGGCCCUGUGGUCAUGGUCAAAGACUCCUUUGUGUUGAGCAGGGCAAGGUCGUCCCUUCCUUCCAACUUGGAGAUCAGACGACUGGAAGAUGGAGCCGAAGGCGUGUUUGCUGUAACUCAGCUUGUGAAGCGAACGCAGUUUGGUCCCUUCGAGUCGAGGCGAGUCGCCAAAUGGGAGAAAGAGUCUGCCUUUCCACUGAAGGUGUUCCAGAAGGACGGGCACCCUGUGUGCUUCGACACCUCCAACGAGGACGACUGCAACUGGAUGAUGCUCGUGCGGCCGGCGGUGCAGCCCGAGCACCAGAACCUGACGGCCUACCAGCACGGGGAUGACGUGUACUUCACCACCUCGCGGGACAUCCCCCCCGGCACCGAGCUGCGCGUGUGGUACGCGGCCUUUUACGCCAAGAAGAUGGACAAGCCCAUGCUGAGGCAGGCGUGCUCCGGUGCCCACGCUGCAGGCACCCCAGAAAACAGCGCCCCAGUGGAAUCGGAGCCCAGCUCGUGGGUGUGUAAGGUGUGUUCCGCCACCUUCCUGGAGCUGCAGCCCCUCAAUGAGCAUUUGUUGGGUCACUUGGAACAGACCAAAGGCGACAAGCUGUUCAAGUGUGAGGAGUGUACGAAGCUGUUCAGUCGCAAGGAGUCGCUGAAGCAGCACGUGUCUUACAAGCACAGCAGGACCGAGGUGGACAGCGAGUACCGAUACCGGUGUGGCACCUGUGAGAAGACCUUCCGCAUCGAGAGUGCGCUGGAGUUUCACAACUGCAGGACAGAUGACAAGACGUUCCAAUGUGAGAUGUGUUUCAGAUUCUUCUCCACCAACAGUAACCUUUCCAAGCACAAAAAGAAGCACGGGGACAAAAAGUUUGCUUGUGAAGUCUGCAACAAAAUGUUCUACCGUAAGGACGUCAUGCUGGACCACCAGAGGAGGCACCUGGAAGGAGUCAGACGGGUGAAGAGAGAAGACCUGGAGACGAGCGGUGAGAACUUGGUCCGCUACAAGAAGGAGCCCUCGGGAUGCCCCGUGUGUGGCAAGGUGUUCUCCUGCAGGAGCAACAUGAACAAGCACCUGCUGACCCACGGCGACAAGAAGUACACCUGCGAGGUCUGCGGCCGCAGGUUCUUCCGUGUGGAUGUGCUCCGGGACCACAUCCACGUCCACUUCAAGGACAUCGCGCUGAUGGACGACCACCAAAGGGAGGAGUUCAUUGGCAAGAUCGGCAUCUCCUCAGAGGAAAACGAUGACAAUUCUGACGAGAGUGCGGACUCGGAGCCUCACAAGUACAGCUGCAAAAGGUGUCAGCUCACCUUCGGCCGUGGGAAGGAGUACCUGAAGCACAUCAUGGAGGUGCACAAGGAGAAAGGCUACGGCUGCAGCAUCUGCCACCGCCGCUUCGCCCUGAAGGCCACCUACCACGCCCACAUGGUCAUCCACCGCGAGAACCUGCCGGACCCCAACGUGCAGAAGUACAUUCACCCAUGUGAGAUCUGCGGGCGUAUCUUCAACAGCAUCGGGAACUUGGAGCGGCAUAAACUCAUCCACACGGGUGUGAAGAGCCAUGCCUGUGAGCAGUGUAGGAAGUCUUUUGCCAGGAAGGACAUGCUGAAGGAACACAUGCGCGUGCACGACAACAUCCGGGAGUACCUGUGCGCCGAGUGCGGGAAAGGCAUGAAAACCAAGCACGCGCUGCGCCACCACAUGAAGCUGCACAAGGGCAUCAAGGAGUACGAGUGCAAGGAGUGCCACCGCAAGUUCGCGCAGAAGGUCAACAUGCUGAAGCAUUACAAGCGGCACACGGGGAUUAAAGAUUUCAUGUGUGAAUUGUGUGGAAAGACUUUCAGUGAAAGAAACACGAUGGAGACCCACAAGCUCAUCCACACAGUGGGCAAGCAGUGGACAUGCUCCGUGUGUGACAAGAAGUAUGUCACGGAGUACAUGCUACAGAAGCACGUGCAGCUUACCCACGACAAGGUGGAGGCACAGAGCUGCCAGCUGUGUGGGACCAAGGUGUCCACCAGGGCCUCCAUGAGCAGACACAUGCGGCGUAAGCACCCAGAGGUCCUGGCCGUGAGGAUCGACGACCUGGACCACCUCCCAGAGACCACCACCAUCGACGCCUCCUCUAUCGGAAUCGUGCAGCCUGAACUGAGUCUGGAGCAGGAAGAUCUGGCGGAAGGGAAGCCCGUGAAUGCGGCCAGGAGGGCUCACAAGAGGAAGCAGAAGCCGGAGGAGGACGCGGGAGCGCCGCUGCCCGAGGACGCAGCCUUCAGCGAGUACUCGGAGAAGGAGCCCGCGCUCACGGGCGGCGUGGGAGACGAGACCGACUCUGCCGUGCAGAGUAUCCAGCAGGUGGUGGUGACUCUGGGUGACCCAAGCGUGACCACGCCCUCGAGCUCGGUCGGCCUGACUAACAUCACCGUGACGCCCAUCACCACUGCAGCUGGGACUCAGUUUACCAACCUCCAGCCGGUGGCCGUUGGGCACCUGACCACCCCAGAACGCCAGCUGCAGCUGGACAACUCCAUCCUGACCGUGACCUUUGACACCGUCAGCGGCUCUGCCAUGUUGCACAACCGUCAAAAUGACAUCCAGCUGCACCCCCAGCCGGAAGCCUCAAACCCACAGUCUGUGGCCCACUUCAUCAACCUGACCACCCUGGUCAACUCCAUCACGCCCCUGGGCAACCAGCUCAGUGACCAGCACCCGCUCUCGUGGCGGGCAGUGCCCCAGGCUGACGUGCUGCCGCCCCCGCAGCCACAGGCCCCCCAGCCGCAGCCCGCACAGCCCCCGGUGCAGGCCGAGCAGCAGCAGAUGUACAGCUACUGAGCUGCGUGGCGGGGGGCUCAGAGAGAGCCUCACCCCGGCUUUCUGGUUUAUAUUUGAGAUUUGUUUGCUGGAUACCAAACAAAGAAGAAAAAUGAAUGUUGCAAUGUAAGUAAGGUUGACUUAGCUUUUGCAGAAUUAUCUCCACAUCCCCGCGCAACCAUUACAGUCAGUCAGCGCGACUCGCAGAGAGAGCCCUGGCCAGCCUGCUGUGCACGGCACAGGCUGCAGGCUCCGCCUUAGCCGGACGGUGAGUCUGGCCGUGGCCACGUCCCAGCCCUCCCCAACAGACUGGGUCUGACGGACACGGGGUUCGGGGUUCUGGAAAGUGCAACAUAAGAGAAGCAGGAUCGGAAGAGGCAAGUGAUGUGUUAUUAGGAGCAUAAGUGGUUCAUUUUAUUUUGUUUUUUAGAACUCAGUUACUGUAUCAAAACAGCAUUCCUGCGAGGCAGCAUGCUGCUAUGAAAUGCAGCUUCCUUCUUGCUUGUUUUUGCAAACGAGCAGGUAGGCGUCAAAGUGACAUUUAGUCUCUUCUUUGAAAUCUGAGUUGAGUUAAAUUUGUUUCACAACUCUGGGCUGAAACCACGUGUGUGAAGAUGGUUGUGACGCAUACAGGCGUCCUUUGGCCCUCAUGUCCAUCAUGGGCAAGGGGGCCCAUGACAUCACUGACUCAGGCAGAAAGGCCUCUGAGUCAUUUACUACAUGAAUUGAUUUUCAGAAGCAUUUUCCUUUUUUUUUUUUUUUUACUUUAUUUCAAGCAUAUAUUGUGUAUUGAAGACUGUUGUGGCCAUGUUGUUUUGACUUUUUUUAACAUGCUAACGUCGUUUGCACUGUAGGACUGUCGUCCGUGUCUAGCUCUGCACAACCGCCCAAAGGCAAAGGGGCACCAAGUCGUGCACCGAGGAAGCUGUGUUGCCCCUGCUGCAGGCACCUUCGGGGUUCUCUCGGGAUCCCCUGCCAUCCAGAUGUAUUUAUUCUGACUAAGGGAGGCUCAGCCAAAACCCCCUGAAAUGAAGAACAAGGAAGGAAUUCAUGUUUCUUUCUGUUUAAACAUUAAUUCCAAAGGUUGAUUUGUUUCAAGACCAAUUUUCUAUAAAAGUGUCGAAUAAGCUUGGCUCUUUACCACGCUGGAAAAGCAUAGGUUUUUCUGGAAUACGAAGACACCGCAGUGUCCUUCCAGGCAGCAGUGAAAACAGAGGACAUUAGAAGCAUCGAUGCCCAGACUAAGUGAAUGUGCUAAAGGACAACCCGCCCUGCUUCCGGGACACGUGCUCUCACACGUGCAGCCAUCUCAGAGGUGUGGCUGAAGCUGAAACGCCAGCAGCCGGCCCUGCUGACGCUCAGCCACGCAAACAGCUGUGGGGAAUGAAGUCUGAUUGCUGCCUGCUCCCCCCACCCCCCGCCCCCGAUAUUUUGUAACGCUGUCCAAAAUGAACUGAUAAAUUGGCCUUAUUUUGUCAUUGACCACUCUUGGUCCCAGAUCCUAUCUGAUUUAGGAGACCGUCUUGAAGAAGUACUGACUAUGAGUCAGUAGCCGGUAAAUGAGGCCGGAGUUUUCUUGUGUUAACCAGUGCUGCUGAGGACGAUUUGUUACGCAAAAUGCAGCUUUCUCAGCACAUCACUGUAUCCCAAAUAGCAAGAUUUUGAGGUUAGGGCUAGAAUUUGUUUUGUGCAAUACAGGCCUUCACAAACUAAGGAACUUCAUCACCCAGGCAGCGUGCGAAAGAGGUCUUCAGAGUUCCUAUCUUCAUUCACUCUCAGCUCUCACCUCUCAGUUGGAUUAAUUGUGGGAGAUUGUUUGACUUUUUAACUUAUGAUAAUUAUUUUUAUGUUAUUUAUGUAUAUAAUUAACUGCUUUUUACAUACUAGUUUCAUCAAAAGAACUUGGGCAAGGGGUGAUAGAUUUUCUAAAACAUUGUCUCCAUUCUCCAAAUAAAAGGGGCCUGGGCAUCCGUGGACUAACCCAGGGUGCCAGGGCUCCUCAGAUAUUUUUUUUAAAUCACUGACAAUUUCUUUUUGCAUUUGCAGACUAUAAAGGACAAAUGACCAAGUAAAGAAUUCAAACAUGAUUAAACAUCUGCUAGCGUUUACCUUUUAUUCCUCUUACCUGUGAAAUAAAGGCCUUUUAAAUCACAAUUUUAUUUUUUUAAAGAAGCUGUUUUUCUGCCUAGCAUAAGGAUGCAUCAGAUGGUUUUAAAGAACCUAAUUUAGGUUGUGUGGCCCCUGUGUAGUACCACUGUUUAUUUAAAUAACAGGUGCAUAAUACUGUUUCUUUUUAUAAUAAGUGAGAAUGCUAAAUAAAAAUGGGAUUUACUCCUAAGUUUCCUGUAGACGCUUUUGGUCUUAAUAGGGUUACUGUGGAGGCAAACUGGGUGCAGGUUCUCUUAAGACAGUUGCUGUGAAUUUGCAUGUAAGAAACUGGGCAGCAAACAUACAAAGUUCUCUUCAGCCAAAAGAGCCAUCGGCUAGAAUGUUCUGCACGUACAUCACUGUUCGCUGAUGGAAGGCAUUCAAUUUUUUUAACUGAUGUCAGGUGCACAGCUGUAUCUAUAGGAAGACACUAGAUGGAGCCACCAAACUCUGUGACUCUGUCUUGGUCAUUCUAAAUUAAUAAAUUGUGAUAGUUUAUUUUGGGGGCUGUGAAUUCGUAAUGUGUGGUUGUGGGCCGAGCUGGACCCCUGGGUGUGGCCAUCUGACCUGAGUGGGGAGCCCCGUGGUGAGGAGCCUGGGCCUCUGGGUAUGUUCUCCGGGCCACCUCACUGUCCCACGGGAGAAUCUGGGCGUGGAAGGCGGAUUCACGGACCUUACAUGUUUUUUCCAGCUAUGGUGUCCAAAGAUGUGCGGCACAUGCUUCCCAUCUCAAGGCGGUUUCAGCGACCGUCCCAUUGGCCUGUGGGAGGCAUUAAAACUGUUUGGAGAAGUUGCUUGUAUUUCGUGUCCCCUCUGUUUGUAUAAUGACAAAUAAAAGGUGCUGUGACCUGUGUUUUUCAA